AUGUGGCAAAUUUGGCCAAACGGUAAAAAAUUGCACAUGUUCGGGAAACGAAAAACAGGAGGUCAUUACUCCUGCCAAAUGACCUCCAAGACAGCUUCAGAUUUUAAAGAUGAAGAAUGGCAGAAUUGGUUAAAGGUUGUUUCUCAUUACUUUGAAACUGGCCAGUUAUGCAAUAUCGUAUCAAAAAGUAAUGACAACCGUCAUUACGCUCUUGUUAAAAUUUUAAACAAAUCUUUCUUGGGAUUACUUGAUUCAGAGGCCACAUCUUCGGUGAUUUCUAGAGGCUUAAGUCGUAAAUUCAUGGUUUUGGGAUUCUCAAUCCAUGAAAUACCUCAGUUGAGUAUUUCCAUGGCAGAUGGAACAUCCUACAAUAUAAAAUCAGUAAUUUAUUUGCCAAUACUGUUUAUGAAACGGUAUAAAGUGGUGAAAUUUUACAUUAUGGAUAAUUUAAGACAUGAUCUCCUCUUCGGUAUGAAUUUCUUUGAUCAUUUUAAUCUUACCAUUGGAUAUACAGAAGAUAUCAUUAAACAUGAAAAUAUCCAAAAAUUAUCUAAUGGUGAAUUAGCAAUAAUAAAUAUAAGCAAUUCGGUUAAAUCAAGACAUGAGUUGACAGAGGAUCAAUCGAAAACCUUAGGCUUAGUGGUUGAAGAUAUAAAGUAUUCUAUAGGCGAGGGUAUAGGAAGAACGAACUUAAUAGAGCACCUCAUUGAUACAGGAGAACACAUGCCCGUUACUCAAAGGCAAUAUCCCUUCUCACCACAUAUCAUGCAGGAAUUAGAAAAGGAAGUGGAUGAAAUGUUGGCAAAAGACAUAAUUGAACCAUCGUUUAGCUCGUGGCGAUCACCGGUUCUUUUAGUAAAAAAAGCAUCAGGCUCUAAUAGAUUAUGUUUAGAUAGUAGACAACUAAACAAGACAACAAAGAAUGAUUCCUAUCCCUUGCCAAGAGUUACGUCUAUUUUGGACAGUUUAAAGAAUGCUCAGUAUCUAUCAACUCUUGACUUAAAAUCGGCAUUUUGGCAAAUACCAUUAGAAACUACGAGUAAAGAAAAAACAGCAUUUGGUUUGCCAGGUAAGGGUUUAUUUCAAUUCAAGGUUAUGCCUUUCGGUCUUAAAAAUGCAAGUCAAACGCAACAGAGGCUAAUGGACAAGUUAUUUCCACCAGAGCAUGAGGGUAAAAUCUUUGCCUAUUUGGAUGACAUUGUGGUAUGUAGUAAGACUUUUGAAGAUCACAUUAAGUCGUUGACUUUGGUUAAAAAGCAGUUACUCUCAGCAGGUCUCACAGUAAAUUUUGAGAAGUGCCAGUUCGCUCGUCCUUCAUUAAAGUACUUAGGCUAUAUUGUUGAUAAGGAAGGUUUAAGAACAGACCCAGAAAAAGUUAGUGCCAUUUUGAACUAUCCAAGACCAAACACAUAUACAGAGUUAAAACGUUUUCUAGGACUGGCGAGUUGGUAUCGACGUUUUGUGGAGAACUUUGCAAUUGUUGCUGCUCCUUUACACGAUCUUAUUAAAGGCUUGAAAAAAGGUCAGAAAAUUAAAUGGGACGCAGAAGCCGAAAGUGCUUUCAUUGAUCUAAAAACAUCAUUAACUUCUACUCCGGUACUGAGCUGUCCUGACUUCAAUUUAGAAUUUAUUAUACAGUGCGAUGCCUCAAAUAAAGGUACGGGCGCUGUUUUAUUUCAAACUCGCGAUGGUAUUGAGAGACCAGUUGCGUAUUCUAGCCGAAAAUUUUCAGAAAGAGAGACAAAGUACUCUACUUCCGAAAGAGAGUUACUAAGUGUGAUUCACGCGGUUGAACAAUUUAGGCCGUACAUAGAAGGCACGCACUUUAAGGUUAUAACUGAUCAUAGCGCCUUGCAAUGGCUUUACAAGAAUAAGGAUCCACAUGGAAGGUUGGCUAGAUGGGCAAUGAGGUUGCAACAGUUUGAUUUCGAGGUAAUAUAUAGAAAGGGUAAAGAUAAUAUUGUACCGGAUGCACUAUCAAGAGCAAUUCCAGAUAAAGAAAUAAAUAUUAUAGAUAUUAAACCAGAUGACAAAGAUGACUGGUAUAAUUCAAUUGAAAAAGAGAUAACGGAGGGAAAAGGCAGAGAUGAUUGGAUACUUAAUCAAGGUAUAUUGUGGAAAUAUUUGAGACUUAAACAAUUUCCAGAUGAAAAAGAUUCGUGGAAGAUAGCAAUCCCAGAAAAAUUGAGAAGACAAAUCCUAAUAGAAUGUCACGACAGUCCAACAGCAGGACAUUUAGGAAUUAAGAAAUCCAUAAAUCGAACAAGACAACAUUAUUUCUGGCCGUCCUUAAUUAAAGAUGUUAAAGAUUACGUACGGAAAUGUGAGACUUGCUCUAAACAUAAACCUAGUCAACUGCCGCCAAUUGGGAAAAUGGGCAAACACAAAGAAGUAACAGAGCCUUUUCAAAUAGUUUCCAUGGAUCUAAUGGGACCUUUUCCACGAUCAAAGACUGGCAAUACAAUGCUACUUGUGGUUUCAUGCUGGUUUAGCAAGUUUGUAUUAUUGUUUCCCUUGAGAAAUGGUAAAACAUCAACAAUCGUUAGAAUUAUCGAAGAACAGAUAUUUCUCAUAUUUGGAGUACCAAGAACAGUGAUAUGUGAUAAUGGGAAACAGUUUAUUUCAUCACAGUUUAAAGAAUUAAUUACGAAUUACAAUUCUAAAAUUUGGUAUACGCCUUAUUAUCAUCCUCAAGCCAAUCCUACAGAACGAGUAAAUAGAGUAAUUGGUACUGCAAUAGCGUCAUAUAUCGAAGAUAAUCAUAAAGAUUGGGAUAAAUUUAUACCUCAUAUAGGCCAUGCCAUUAGAACUGCUAUACAUGAAAUAACGGGCAAGACACCUUCAUACUUGUUUUUUGGUAGAGAAACCUCCUUACAAAACAAAAUUGAUUUCGGGCCAGAUAAAGAUGAUUAUGUUAAUGUAAAUAGAAACUAUUUUGAAAAUAAUUUGAGACUUAGAGAAGAAAUAUAUAAAGACGUAAACAAGAGGCUGCGAGAGGCUUAUGAAAUUAAUAGCAAAAAUUAUAAUAAAAGAAGACGAAUAUGCAAUUUCAAUGUGGGAGAGUUGGUUUGGAAGAAAACAAAACCACAAUCAUGUGCUAAUAAAAACUUUAUGGCCAAGUUAUCUCCAAAGUACGAAAAAGCUGUUAUUUCGGAGAAGGUGUCAGCCGAUGUUUAUAUUUUGAAAAGUUUACGCGGCAAACUUUUGGGUACAUGGCACACUUCUGACCUGAAACGGAUAAUUUGA